AUGUCUGCUGAUUCUUCCGCCACUACUGCUUCUUCUGCCAACUCCAAGGCUACUUCAUCCAGCCAAAGAAAAUUCAUCAAACGUCCUGAUGACAAAGCUAUGAAGGAUGAAGUUGAAGCUUUGAAGAAGGAAAUCAAGAAGUUGGAUUUAACCAAUAAUGAAUUGAAUGCUCAAAUUCAAAAGUUACAAAUUGACCAAAAAGUUAUGGAUGAAAGAAACAAAUUGACUGCUGAAUUGAAAUCCUUGAUUGCUAAACAAUCAUCCUCCAAGAAUGAGAGAAACAAUAUCAAUGAUCAAAUUAAAUCCAUCGAUGGUCAAAUGAAGAAGAAGAUUGCUGAGAUUCAACAACAAACUUCUAAAAACAACUUCAAGAGCGUUAGUGAAAUUGACGCCAGAAUUGAUGCCUUGGAUAAAGCUAUUGAUGCCGGAAAUUUGAAAUUGGCUGAUGAAAGAAGAUUUGUUAAAGAAAUGAGUGCAUUGCGUAAAUUGCGUAAAGAUUUUGGUUCAAUUGAAAAAAUUCAAGCUUCAAUUGACCAAGACAAGGAAAAAAUUGCUGACUUGAAGAAGAAAUUAGCUGGUACUCAUAAUAAAGAAGUCCAAGCUCAAUUUGAAACCAUUCAAAAGAAGUUAGAUGAAAUCAAUGAUUCGAACAAAACAAUCAUUUCCAAGAGAAACAAAAUCUAUGAUCAAAGAUCAGAAAUCAAAAAACAAAAAGAUGCCAAGUAUGAAGGAAUUAGAAAAUUGAGAAGUGAUUUCGAUGCUAAAUUUGAAAAUUUCAAAAAGCAAAUGGAAGAAGAAAGACAAAAGAGAGAUGAAGAAUACAAGGCGCAACAAGCUGAAAGAAAACAAGCUAAAUUGAAACAAAGAGCUGAGCAAGAAUUGGCUGAUGCUUCAAUUCCAGCAUUUACCGAGGAAAUCAACUCCAUCCACAACUUGUUGUCUUAUUUUGAUCCAUCUUAUGUCAAACCAGCUGUCACCAGCCAAACCCAAUCAGCAGCAAAUGGAUCUUCAUCGGUUCCAUCAACCACCAAAAACCAAGCUAGAGUCAUUGAAUUCCCUGAAGAUUUAGUUGUUGUUAAAAAGGAACAAGAUGAUUUUUUCACCGGAACCAAGAGAAAAGGUAAAGGUGGUAAGAAGCAGGGUGGUAAAAAGAAUUUCACCGUUGCUCCUGAAAUUGUUGUUGCUUUAAGUGAUUUGACUAUUCCAUUCCCAUUGAAGGAAGAUGAUGUUCCUGAAACAAUCAAGACUUUGAAGGAAACUUUGGAAGCUUUACAGGAAAAGCAAGAAGAACAAACCAAAAUCAAUAUUGAAAGAGCCAAGGCCAAGAUUGCUAAAUUCAAGGAAGAGGAUUUUGAGGUUGAUGAAGAGGAAGAUGAUGAUGAGGAAUAG